CAGCUUUAUUACGCAUAAUAACUUAUCUGGAAAAUAUGUGUCAAGCCGUGCCGAAUGUCGGGAAAUGAAGCUGACAAACCUCACGAGUGCGCUUGAAUGCCAAAAGAUACGCAAACAUAUAGGCUUUAUUGACUAGAAUGUCUCCUUCAAGACUAUACUUGGCAUCUGUCAUGCCUCCUCUGCCUUUAAGCUCUUUCAAUGUCUCAAGCAACUUCUGCACGGAAGAGAAUAUCUCUGAGUGCAUUCUAUACAUCAAUCAGGAGUUGUCUUCCCUGUGCUUUCCACCAAUUUACCGAAACUCAGACAACAUCCGUGAUCUGGAUGCUGCGGUUGCCCUAAACAACAUAUAUGACUUGCUUCAGCUACACCGUCGAGCUGUUGGAAUGAUGGAGGAGCUGGAGGUGGAGCAGCUCAAGUCCAGCAGUGACCUCCACUACCAACAUCUCACCAACUCCAGGCUAAAGGACCAGCUUGAACUUUCGAAGAAGGAAAACAUGCGCUUGCACGAGCGAGAACGUCAGCUGGAAACAAGUUUAAAGACUUUGCAAAACUGCCUAAAAGAUGCAAAAGAAGACGUACAAAGGCUGCAGGGUAUCAUUGCAAGUCGUGCCACACAAUACAACCAUGACAUUAAGAGAAGAGAAAGGGAGCACAACAGAGUAAAGGAGCGCCUCAAUCAACUACUCAUUGCCAAAAAGGAAAAUAAACAAGGAAUGGAAGUUUUGAAUUAUGUUGGAAGGUCAGAUGGGAGGAGAUGUCUUUGGAAAACUGGAAAAACUGAAUCCAGACACGAGGGAGAGAUGUACAAAACUCUACUCAAUGAAUUUGAUAACCGUCAGAGGGAGCUAAUGGUGGAAAACAUAGAGCUAAAGAAGGUGCUUCAACAAAUGAAACGCGAGAUGGUUGGGGUUUUAAAUUCAAAGAAGACGUGCCAAAAGGAAGAGAAACAAAGCAAUAACAUGGAUCAGUUGACUCUGCAGACAAAUUCAGAUGAUGAAGAACCCUUGAAAGGACCUCAUGAGAUGUCAUGUGAUCAUGCUCGGGAGAAACUCACCAACAGCAUUCGUCAGCAGUGGAGGAAACUCAAACACCACGUGGAAAGACUGGACAGCCAAGCAUCCAUGGUGCAAGAUGGAGACAGUGAAGAGAUGAUCUCCAAACAACUCUAUGAAGAUGAGACAGAGAGGCUCAAGCUGGAAAUCCAGCAGUGCAAAGAGUUUAUUCAGACUCAACAACAACUUCUGCAACAACAGCUCAACACAUCCUGUGAUGAGGAGACCGCAGCCAUUCUGAAUGACUCCUACAUGCUGGAAGAGAAGGAACGCUUGAAAGAAGAGUGGAGAGUGUUUGAAGAACAGAGGAAAAACUUUGAAAUCGAAAGGAGAAAUUUUACAGAGGCUGCCGUCAGAUUGGGCCACGAGAGAAAGUGUUUUGAGGACGAUCGUGCAGUGUGGCUCAAACAUCAGUUUCUGAACACAACAUUUGCAGACCAAAUGAAACCACAAAGUCGCAGGACUGAUGAAUUUUCAAAGCACUCUGGUCAUGAAGAGAAACUCAUUUCGAUUUCUGGUAAAGUCAGCAAAUCUCAUCUGUAGUCUAUCCACACCAAUGGAACUGCUUGCAGAUGAACCUACAUUUUCUUCCAACACCAGAAGAGAGACGGCUGGAACCAAUAUAAAUGAGUUUGAAUGUGAAUGAAGUCUGCGAGUAUCUUUAUGAAGAACUGUCAACAUAUGGACAUUAAUUUUAAACAGAAUCAUGUGCCAAUUGUAAGAGGUACGAUUGUAAGAGACUAAAGGUUGCUGAAUCUAACAAGCCUCUGAAUUUUUACGUUUUGAAAAAUAAGCAAUGUUUUAAAUACGUCCAUAAUGACUUUUUGAAAGCAUUUUAAUUUCGAAAUUCCAUAUAGAUAUUUAUUCGGAUUGCUUUUUGCUAGUAGAAAUGAACUAAAGUGUUUCUAGUUUUCAUAUGUUGUUGUUGUAUUAGUUACAGCUUUUUAUGGUUUACUUCUAGGUAGUUAAAACCAUAGAUAUGUAUAGGUAGAUGCCACAUUCGACCGCUCCAGACACGUCGACACGUCCGCCAUCUUGGAACGGUCUAUAUGUCGUCACUCACACUAAAAAUCAAUGAGUUUCAUGAUGCAACAACAUUGUGCAGCAUCUGGUUGUAAAAACCGCCUAAAUUUUAGUUUCUGAAAAAACUUUUACAGGUAAGAAUGUGUUGGUUUGUGUUUUUAAUAUGUACAUGUUUUUAAACUAAAGGACCUUUUAAAUGCCUUGUUAGCUAACAGUUUCGUCUUGUUGUAUAUUGUGUUAGUUUAGAAAAGGCAUCUGCUUAAGUCUACUGAAGAUAAUAUAUUCAUGCAUGCGUAGCCUAUAACUACAGUUGCAGACAGGGAACUUGCUCUCGAGUAUUCACAGACUGGCUUUGACUAUUCCAAUAUGGCAGACGGCUUACAUAUAGCAUAUGUAACCUAUACAUAUCUGGUUAA